AGGAUUUUUCAUUCCCAAUUCUAAAAACUUCCCCUCCUCCUCCAUCUACUCUCACAUAAACAAAAAAAGGAUGCCCAAAGAAGAAAGAAUUGAAUUCAGAGAAAUCAUAUCAUAGCUAUGCACAAACAAGCUAGCUAAAAAUCUUGAAAACUUUGAAAUUGAAGAUAUGGAAAAUUCAAAGAGCGGCAGAGAAGAAGAAGAGGAAGAAGAAAGAAGCGAAGACGACAGAAGCAACAGCUCAAGUAACAGCACAGUUGAAGAGAACAAUGGGAAGAAGGCCAGCUCUGGAUCCGUAAGGCAGUAUAUCCGCUCCAAAAAUCCCCGUCUCCGGUGGACCCCGGAGCUCCACCUCUGCUUCGUUCACGCCGUUGAGAGGCUUGGUGGAGAAGAAAAAGCUACGCCAAAAUUGGUGUUACAACUAAUGAACGUUAAAGGGCUUAGCAUUGCUCAUGUCAAGAGCCAUCUUCAGAUGUACAGGAGCAAGAAGAUUGAUGAUCCCAAUGAAGUUAUUUCACAACAAAGACGAAUCCUACUUGAUGCCGGAGAUCGACAUAUCUAUAACCUCAGCCAACUCCCAAUUCUACAAACUUUCAGCAAUCACACAUCAAUUUCUACCUUGAGAUAUAGGGAUGUGGUUGUGGGCAGCUCAAUUAACAGUACUAAUUGGGCAACACCAAACAUAACCAGAAAUGGAUAUAUGUCAACAAAUUCUUGGAGAUUUAUUGAUCACAAAAACUUAAUGUUAAAUCAAAGAUUUUGGCAAACUGCAUCAAACUUCCACCAAGCAAGCAAAGUUCAAGAAAGAGGCCUAGCACAAGCAAAUGCUCGCCCGUUUCCUCUACCCGAGCAAGCCCCGUUGAAGAGAAAGCAAGCCUCCUCGGAGCUCAACCUUGACCUCAGUCUCUCUCUGAAGACAAAUGGGAAGAAGACGAAGGCCGCGUAUGAUCAUGAAGAGGUCGACAGCAGCUUGUCGCUCUUGUUAUUUUCGGCCUCGAAAGAGAGGAAGAAUGGAGAUGAGGUGGCUGCUGCUUUAGAUCUGAGUUUGUGAAUGGGAGAGUUUUCUGAGUGAGAUUUUUUUCAAGUACUUCUUGUGUCAUUGCCAAUGCACAGAUCUAAAUUGUCGAGGUAAUGUGUGGUUUGUUUUUUUCUUGAUUCUUGAAUUGUAUGCAGAGAUUAAAAUUAGUAUUUUAAUGUAUAGACUAAUUGAUAUAAUCUGAAAUGGAGCAACUAAAUUAAUAUGAA